AUGGCAUAUUGCCAAUUUUCAAAUGUUGUCACAAUCUUGUGGCUGACGUUGUUUUUGCAUGGCAGCCCGCUUGUGGGAGCUUGCCUGGCCACUAUACCUGGUACACCUGCGAUCACAACCACUACUGUUGCACCAGUUUGUUGUCCCGCGAUAACAGUAAAGGAACCGCCCCGAAUCCGGGCGCCAAUCGGCACCCCCGGGGGUGGUUUGGACAACUGUGCGAGCCUGAAACGCGAGCCGGGCGCGGGCACAUGCCCUGAGGACGCCAAAUUCACAUGCUUGAAAGCCGGAGGAACAACUGUAAUCGUUUCAUCGCUUUCAUCACACUAA